AUGCUAUCUUCACGCGCUAGAAAGGAUAAUGCUUGGUUUUUGGAACAGUUCAGGCGACCCCUUUCCCGCCAGGCAUCCAAGUCCUCCUCCAACCUUGAUCUUGCAACGGCCGAGAAUUGGCUGAUCCGGCCAGAAAUUCUUCCGCUACUCAAGCAAAACGCCCAGUCCCUUCUCGCGGCGGAGCAUCUGUCGUAUUCUGGUGGAUUGGGAGGAACCCCAGAACUGCUGGGUGCCCUGUCCGCAUUCUUCAACCACUUCUUCUCACCUAAGGUGCCCGUCAGGCCUGAACAUGUCGUGACGGGUACAGGAUGCAGUGCCAUACUCGACACCUGGAUUCACGAUAUCUGCGAUGAUGGUGAUGGCCUACUCCUGGCCAGACCGAUGUGGGGUAGCUUCGAGGUAUUCGCAGUGUUGCGCAACGGCGUGCGACUAAUCCCUGUCAAUGUACCUUCGCACCAGAUGGAUGAUGCCCAAGCAGUCGUGGCAGCAUAUCGGACAGCUGCAACUGAGGCCGAAGCAGGCGGCACCAGAAUCAGGGGCCUCCUGUUUUGCAACCCCCACAACCCACAUGGACAUAUCUACACAACCGCGGUGCUCGACGCUUUGCUUCAGUAUUGCGAGGAGACCAAUAUACACUUCCUCUCGGACGAGAUCUAUGCGCUCUCGACGUUUGGCAGUUCCCAAGAGUCGGCUGGGUCGUUCCGACAGGGCGGCAAGGCUCUCGAAUCUGGGUCAGAUCAUUUCGUCUCUGUCCUGUCCAGAGAACUGAAAGGGCUGGGUGUCGACGGGUCCAGGGUUCACGUUCUGUACAGCAUCAGCAAAGAUCUCGGUUGCAGCGGUCUCAGAUUGGGCUGCCUCGUCACCCAGCACAACAAAGACCUCCGCAUGUCACAAGCCAUCCUCAACAACGCCAGACUCAGCACCCCAACCGCCGUCAUGGCGGCACCCCUCCUGGGCAACGUAGCCCGGCUCAACACGCACGUGGACCUCAACAUCCGCCGCCUGCGCCGCGCCGCUCUCGUCGCCACCCAGUUCGCCGAGUUCCACGGCCUGACGUACUACAAGCCCGUGGCAGGUCUCUACAUCUGGCUUCGGCUCUGCCCGCACGGCUGCGAGAGCUGGGAUGAAGAGGAGGACUUUGUCCGGCGCUGUGCCGAACGCGGCGUGCUCAUCGGAAGCGGCGCCGACUAUGCCGCCGAGCAGGUCGGCUGGUUCAGGCUUGUCUUUGCUGUGCCGGAGCAGGUGUUUGUGGAGGCGUUGCGGAGGAUUGAGGAGACGGUGGGGUAUGCGGAGCGGUUUAGAUCCGUGAUCGACACCUCGCGUCGUGUCUUGUUCAUAAUACAGUCAUGA